UUUUUUUUUUUUUUUUUUUUUUAAAAUGAAUCCUAUUUGUUAAUUGAUAACAGUCUUUUGUGCGCAAGUACACAUUUUUUUGUGUACACAAGUUUUUGUCAACUUUUGUUUGAUUGUUUGACUUUUCCCAUUUCUAAUUUUCCUCUAACAUAUGUGUGAAGUAGCCAUUUUUGAAUGAUCAUGGAUGUUAGUUUUGGCUGUAGUUUCCUAUCAUGUGUAUACAGAAAUUUUCUUGUUGCUUUGUAGCUCCGAGAUCUUUACAUUUUAUUCAGAAUUUAAUACCUGAGUGUCUCCAAGUCGUCUGUCGGAAUAUAAAACUAACUUUUUGUUUUAAUGUGAACAUACUAUGCAAUGCUGCACUGAUAUUUCACAGUCAUUUCCCCCUUACAUUUCCAAUGUUGCAUAUCAAGGACAAGUUUAGGUUGGCAUGUUAAUCAAGAUAAUUAUGUGAUGUGUAUGUGAAUUUUUGCUUGUGCGUGUCUAUUUAAAUGUUCAUGUUUAACUUUAUGUGAAAUUAUCUUUUGAGCCAUGUUGUCAUGCUAUUUCCUCAUUUGUCUUUUUUAGCUUGCUGUCAGCCAAUUUAGUACCUCUCUGUUGAUACCUUGUCAGUACUAUAAGUAUAUGUUUUGCUUGAUGAGAGCGAGCUUGCUUGUUUUUUUUUUUUUCAUAUUUAGGAAACUAUUUUCAAAUUCAGAUAUGAUCUCCCCCAUCCAGUCUUUUUUUUUUUUUUUUUUAUGAAUACUUUUGCCUUUUGUCAGUAAGUUGCGUUCUACCAUGUUAACUUUUGACUGUGAUUCUGCUCUUUCACUUGGAUAUACAGUGGGCCAAGACCGUGUACAGCACCUGCAGCGGGUUGUGUUUGUCAAAUUUCAGUACUUCACAGGCUCAUGAUUUGAUAAGCUCUCUGUUUCAGGCUGAUACUCCAGCUGCUGUUCAGUUUGUAUAUGACGGCCUUUGUGGCAGGAAACCUGAGAUCAAAAAGUAAGUCCUUACAUAAAGGCAAAAUGCCUGAUCUUUGGCAAGAUGCGAUGGACCAUGCUGUGACUGUGGCCAGGAAGGCAGGAGAGAUGGUGAGGGAUGCUUUGCAAAAUGACCUGAAGAUCAUGUGUAAAAGUUCCAAUGUUGAUCUGGUCACUAAAACAGACCAGAAUGUGGAGCGCCUAAUUAUUACAUCAGUAAAGGAGAAGUUUCCUACACACAGUUUCAUUGGUGAAGAGUCAGUGGCUGCAGGAGAGCCUUGUGUUUUGACUGACAAUCCAACAUGGAUUAUUGACCCUGUGGAUGGGACCACUAACUUUGUGCAUGGAUAUCCAUUUGUGGCUAUAUGCAUUGGCUUCGCUGUCAAAAAAACGUUAGAGUUUGGUGUGGUCUAUAGCUGCAUAGACGAUAAGAUGUACACAGCUCGAAAAGGGCAGGGUGCAUUUUGCAAUGGACAACCCCUACAAGUAUCAGACCAAAAAGAGAUCAACCAGUCAAUCAUCGCCACAGAAUUUGGCUCCAAUAGAGAUCCUGAUGUCGUUGACAAGAUUUUCUCUAGUAUGAGGAAGAUCUUGUGUCUGCCAGUCCAUGGGAUGCGAGGUGCAGGAUCUGCUGCCCUCAACAUGUGCCUGGUGGCAUCUGGUUGUGUUGAGGCCUAUUAUGAGAUUGGCAUUCAUUGUUGGGACAUUGCAGCUGCAGCAGUCAUAGUCUCUGAGGCAGGAGGAGUUCUCAUGGAUGUUGAAGGUGGACCAAUGGACCUGAUGUCUAGAAGAGUUGUUGCAGCUAAUAACAAAACAAUUGCAGAGAGAAUCAUUACAGAGAUUGAGGCAUUUUCAGCUGUAAGAGAUGAUGCACCUGUAGACCCUUUAAAGUGAACUUUCUUUUCCUUUACAAGUUAAGCUCCUAUGUUAAUGCAGUUUAGUUACUAAGACAUUUAAAAUUAAAUUGCAUUUUUUGGCAUCUUUUGUAUUUGUGUAAGUGAUCACUGUCUCACAAUGUUGAAAAAAAUGCAUUCAACUGUAAUGCAGCUAUGUAUAAUGAGGUCAUGAUUGAUUAUAAAUUUGGUUGUUUUUA